AUGGUUUCUCGCCUCAUCUACACCCUGAUUGAACCGUCGCGCGUCGCUAUCGUCCCUGUGCGUACCGAGUUUUAUACACGCGCUUCUCGAGUCGCGGAUGGGCUUGUGUCGAUGGCGACUUUGACAACAGCAACAGCAACAGCAACAGCAACAGCAACGGACCCUCGAGCUUCACACUCCACCAUCAGCAUCCCAUAUUCAUCUCCACCAUCAACACUACCAGCAGCCACCGCCUCAACCCUCUUAGGACCCCCCACCGCCGACACCCCACCCCUCGCAAUCCUCACCCUCGUCGCCGCGAUAGUCUGCGCCUUGAUCCUGCUCUGCGCACUCGCCUACUUUAUCCUCCUCCGCUGCGCACGCGGUGCGUGUCCAAACUGCCGCCGCUGCGCAUCCGAGGUGGACAAGUGGCGGCGCGGAGAGCUGGUGCGCAUCACGCCGGAUAUGGUGCAGCGGCGCAUGCACGCGUGGGAUCUGGAGAAGGGGGGGUUAGAAGGGCAGGGCGUGAGGAUGGUUGGGGACAGCUGGUCCAAAGAAGACCAAGAAGUUGAGGAUGAGGGGGGGAUGCGGAAAGAGGGGGAGGACUGUCAUGGCGAUGCUAAAUUGCAGCAGCCCCGGCUUGCGCAUCUGCGUGCUGUGCGGCGGAGGGAUUCGGGGUGCCACUUCGCCGCUCGGAGACAUGGUGACGACUCGGAGAAGACGCGGGUCGUCGUUGGCGACGAUUCUGCACGCCCGGACGAACUCGAAGAGACGACUGUAGCGCGCGGGGGAAAGGAGCUAGAGGGGCAGAAAGAGCAGAUACUGAGAUCCGGGGUCUAUCAGAUGCCGCCGCCUCGGCAGGGCAACCAGUCGCGGUUCAUAGAGCGUUUUAGCCUGGCAACGAAUUGUGAUCUGUAG